GCUCUAGGGUUCGUCGACGGAGAGCGAGCUCUAUCAGACCAGAGGGAAGAAAAUCGGUCUCUAGAAAGAGUGGAGACUUGCAGUCCUCGGUGGUAAUGGCGAAUAAUCUUCAAUCUUCUGCCACACCGCCACUUCGGCCACCGCCCCUUGUUGGAUCCGCUGGCAUUGCUCAAAAUUUUGCUCCACCCAUGUCUAUGCAAUUCCGUCCUAUGAUGUCAGUGCAGCAGCAAGGGCAGCCGUAUAUGCAGGCGGGUUCGCAACAGUUUCGGCCCGUUGGGCAAGGUAUUCCUGCUUCGAAUGUUGGAAUGCCACCUUCUGCUCAAGGUCAGCAGCUUCAGUAUUCUCAACCAACUCAGCAGUUGCCUCCAAGGCCUGGGCAGCCUGCUCACGGUAUGCCUCCUUCAUCUCAGUCGAUUCCGAUGCCCUAUGCGCAGUCAAACAUGCCUUCCUUUUCAUCUGGGCCACCACAGCCUCAGCAAAACGUGCAGCCUAUGGCUAAUCCUAUGGGCGUAGCUGGAAGCAUGGGAAUGCCCCUUAUGUCAUCGUAUACUUAUACUCAAUCCUAUGGCCAGCCACAAAGCAAUGUUAAUCACUCGAACCAGUACCAGCCAAUUUCUCAGAUGCAUGCACCUAACAUGCCAACUAAUGCUGGGGGACAAUCUUGGAUGUCUUCUGCAAGCCAGAGUGUGCCCCUUGCUACACCGAUCCAGCAAGCUACUCAACAACAGCCUUUGGCAACGGCUGCGUCUGUUCCGGUUACAAAUCCUCAAUCUAACUCCAGUCAACAGUCUUCAUCAGAUUGGCAAGAACAUACAUCUGCUGAUGGGAGAAGAUAUUAUUACAACAAGAAGACAAGACAGUCUAGUUGGGAGAAACCUUUAGAAUUAAUGACACCUGUUGAGAGGGCGGAUGCAUCCACUGUUUGGAAGGAAUUUACAACUCAAGACGGCAGGAAGUAUUACUACAACAAGCUCACUAAGCAAUCAAAAUGGACAAUCCCUGAUGAACUGAGGUUGGCUCGUGAACAGGCUGAAAAGGCUGGUAGUCAGGGUCUACAGUCAGACGCUACUGUGACUUCUAACUCUUCGUCUGCUGUUGCUGUCACUUUGGCUGAUACACCUGCUGUGGGGAUUUCAAUUAGCUCUUCCUCAACUGUUGCAGUUUCAGGGGUGGCAUCAAGUCUGGUUCCAGUGACACCUGUUGUUGCUAUAAGCCCACUCGCUGUUGUGACUUCUGGAUUGCCUGCUAUUGCUGCUAUACCUUCUUCUGUUGCAUCAAAUGCAGUUGGAGUUCCUUCUCCUGUGGCAGCUCUUACUCCCUUACAAUCUACUGUUUCAGGGGGUGCUGUGGUUCCCGUUGCUUUGGACAAUGCCACUACUACAACGACCAAAUUUGAGAAUGUAUCUCAAGGUGUUGCAACUUCCAUUGAUGGGGCUUCUGUUCAGGAUUUGGAGGAAGCCAAAAAGGGCAUGGCGGUUGCUGGCAAGAUCAAUGUUGCUCCACUGGAGGAGAAAACUGUUGAUGAUGAAACGUUGGUUUAUGCUAAUAAGCAGGAGGCAAAAAAUGCUUUUAAAGCACUCUUGGAAUCUGCAAAUGUUGAGUAUGACUGGACUUGGGAACAGGCUAUGAGAGUGAUAAUUAAUGACAAAAGAUAUGGUGCUCUGAAAUCUCUUGGAGAGCGAAAGCAAGCUUUUAAUGAGUACCUGGGCCAAAGGAAAAAGCAGGGGGCUGAGGAGAGGCGCAUUAGACAGAAGAGAGCAAGGGAGGAAUUCACAAAAAUGUUAGAAGAAUCAAAAGAGCUCACAUCAUCUACAAGAUGGAGCAAAGCUAUAAGCAUGUUUGAGGAUGAUGAAAGGUUCAAGGCUGUGGAGCGAGCCAGGGACCGUGAGGAUCUUUUUGAAAACUAUUUGGUGGAACUGCAGAAAAAGGAACGUGCAAAAGCUCAAGAGGAGCAUAAGCGAAAUGUUAUGGAGUACAAGCAAUUUCUGGAAUCCUGUGACUUUAUUAAGGCAAACAGUCAAUGGCGUAAAGUUCAAGAUCGCCUAGAGGAUGAUGAAAGAUGUUCUCGUCUUGAAAAGAUAGAUCGCUUGGAAAUCUUCCAGGAAUAUAUACGUGACUUAGAAAAGGAAGAUGAGGAGCAGAGGAAGAUUCAGAAGGAACAACUGAGACGGGAUGAGAGAAAAAAACGUGAUGAGUUCCGUAAGUUGAUGGAAGGACAUGUAGCUGAUGGGAUGCUUACGGCCAAAACACAUUGGCGUGACUAUUUUAUGAAGGUUAAAGACUUGCCUAUAUAUAUAGCAGUAUCAUCAAACGCCUCUGGUUCUACACCUAAAGAUCUGUUUGAGGAUGUUGUCGAGGAAUUAGAGAAACAGUAUCAUGAUGACAAGACUCGAAUUAAGGACGGAAUGAAGUUAGAAAAGAUAAAUAUGGCAUCAUCAUGGACUUUUGAAGAGUUUAAGGAUUCUAUUACUGAGGUUGUUCGCUCUCCCCCCAUAUCAGAUAUCAACUUAAAGCUUGUAUUCCAGGAGUUAAUCGAAAGAAUCAAGGAAAAGGAGGAGAAGGAAGCCAAAAAGCGUCAACGGUUGGCAGAUGAUUUCUCUGAUCUAUUACACUCUAUCAAGGAAAUAACUGCAUCUUCUAUAUGGGAAGGCUCCAAAUCACUUUUUGAAGACAGUCAAGAGUAUAGAGCAAUUGGGGAGGAGAACUUCAGAAGGGAGAUCUUUGAGGAGUAUGUCACACGUUUGCAAGAAAAGGCAAGAGAGAAAGAGCGCAAGAGGGAGGAAGAAAAGGCCAAAAAAGAAAAAGAGAGAGAGGAGAAAGAGAAAAGGAAGGAGAAAGAGAGAAAGGAAAAAGAGAGAGAACGUGAAAGGGACAAGGGAAAGGAAAGAUCCAAGAAGGAUGAAAUUGAGAGUGAAAAUGUUGAUGUAACUGACAAUUACGUCUCCAAAGAGGAAAAAAAGAGGGAGAAAGACAAGGACAGGAAACACCGGAAGAGGCAUCAUAGUGCAGCCGAUGAAGUUAAUUCUGAAAAGGAUGAGAAAGAGGAGUCUAAAAAGUCCCGUAGGCAUGGCAGUGAUAGGAAAAAAUCGAAGAAGCAUGCACACUCUCCAGAAUCAGAUAAUGAAAGCAGGCAUAAGAGACAUAAGAGAGAUCACAGAGAUAGUUCCCGGAGAAACGGUGGUUAUGAGGAGCUUGAAGAUGGGGAGCUUGGAGAGGAUGGGGAAAUCCGAUCACGAGGACACACCAGAAAUGAUGAUUAAAGAUGCAUAAAAGUACAAGUCUGAAGGGCUGCAGCAGACAAAGGUAAUGUAAUUUUCUUCAGAAAUGAUCUAUUACCGAAGACCCUGAAGAUUAUUUUCUUUUGCAUUUUAUACAAGCUAUUGAGAUUAUCUUGAAGAUUUUUACAAUCACUUUGUUUAUUGAGGGCGAUGAAGGUUGUACGACUGCUUUAAGAAAUGAGCUUAGUAUAAAGUAGCUUACUGUCA